AUGAAACGCGCGACUUCUACAGUCUGGGUGGUGGUGCUGCUAGCACUACUCAACGUAAUCCUCGUCCUGCGUAGGCUCUUCCAUCCAUGGAAGGGCGCACAACAAGAAGCUGCAUAUUCCUAUAUGGGAAUGAACUACCCACCCAUCUAUCCUAUCGGAGAACUUGACCCCGUCGCGAUGACUCUCCAAGAGACUGUUCGCUUCGGUUUCAACGCUUCAGACCCCAUAGAAGGACAGGAAUGGGAUAUGAUCAACGCUAUACCCAGAGGGAUAGGCCGGACACGACUUGGACCUGAUCAUCGAGCCUUCGUCCUCACGUUCCUACACCAGAUGCAUUGCGUGCGCCGCAUCCAAUAUGCACUGCUCAACCGCAACGACACGAUGGCAAGCGCAGGACACGUUAACCAUUGCCUUAAUUACUUGCGUCAGACGAUCCUCUGCGAAGCCGCCGAUUCGGUGGAGAAAGGGGACUUCAUGGAAACCGACUACGAGGAAGAACGAGUCGGAGAAACUCUGGUCUGCAGGGAUUGGGAGACUGCAAUCAGCAUCUUCGACGAGCGAUAUGAGGACUGGGUCAAGUGGAGGAAUACAUGGAACUGA